CACGCUACGUGCCGACGUACGUGACGUCACCACGGAGGCUUCGCCAGUUUCCUGAAGGGAGCACUGAAACUGUUGUGGCUGUGUGACAAAUGACUGCAAGCGAAGCGGCGGGCGAGUGAGCGUUUUAGGUAGAAAAUAAACACCUCAUUUCGGACCCUAUUACCCGUCCCUGGACGUCGACCCAGGACGUCGCUGCCUGGCUUCGGCGUUCUUCCGGCAGAGGAGACGGUAAAAGGGAAGCCACCGAACAAGCUAGCCCACUAAAGGCUGCUUGUCUAUCCCAGUGUGGCUGCAAGGAAGGCGGGGAAUACGAAGCGACGUGAUCCGGGACGUCUGUUUUUUCAACAUUGUUGGACUCACUGAAGCUCAAACGUGACUUCUUUAAAGUCUCUUCGUGUUGCUGGGACAAUACGACGAUUGUACAUGGAUUAUCUGUGUUUCCGUGCACUGUGCUGUAAAGGACCGCCACCGCCAAGACCCGAGUACGAUGUGGUUUGCAUCGGCCUGAUGGCUGCUGGAAAGACCAGCCUGCUCUCGCGCCUCUGCAGCGAGGGCAGCGACCGAAUCGUUCCCACCACUGGUUUUAGUAUCAAAGCAGUGCCCUUUCCUAACGCCAUCCUGAAUGUGAAAGAACUUGGAGGUGCUGACAACAUCAAGAAGUAUUGGUGUCGCUACUACCAGGGGUCACAGGGCGUGGUCUUCGUGUUGGACAGCGCUUCAUCAGACGAGGACCUUGAGGCGGCGCGUGCAGAGCUGCACUCGGCCCUACAGCACCCGCAGCUUUGCACCCUGCCUUUCCUCAUACUCGCCAAUCACCAGGACAAACCUGCUGCCAGGACACCAAACCAGAUCAAGAAAUACUUUGAACUGGAGCCUCUGGCACGGGGGAAGCGCUGGAUCCUGGAGGGCACAAGCACCGAGCACAUGGACGGUGUGAAGGAGGUCUUCUCCCAGUUCAUCCUGCUGCUGGAGGACAAGGACACGCCGCCCGCUAGGAUAUGAAGCUCCUUGGCUCACUCGCUCACUACGCUGAGAGACACUAAACUGCUAACAAGAACACGUCAACCCUCCUUCAGGACUUUCUUCUCCAGGGGCCUUCAGAACCAAGUAGAACCUUUUUGUUAUGAUGCUCUGUGGGCAACACUUGGAAUCUCUAGCUACACCCCUGCUCACAGACACACACACACACACACACACACACAUACUCACACAAGUAGAUAAGUGUAGCUCUUCUGCUAUUGAUGUUUGCACCAACAAGUACUUUGUCUACGUCUUAUAUAUUUCUCCUGCACACAUUAGUGCGUGACGGGGCAGUCACUACUAGUUUUUGGAACAACAAGGCCACACUGAAAAGAAGGAGUGCUAAAAUAUUGAAACGUGACAGUUUUACACAAAUAUGGAGGUUGAGUCGUGACUUUGUUAUGAAAGCUUUUUUGUGUAACUGAAUUUUUGGCGUUUAAGUUUUGGGAACUAAAUUUUUUACAUCAACUUAUGCUGACAAUUUUAUUGAACAACAAUUUGAGAGCAAAAUUAGUUUAAUAAUUAAAUGUAUAAAAAUUCUGUGUAAAAAAUCAGUAUCAAAUUUAGUAUAUACAAAUUCCAUCCAUCCAUCCAUUUAGCUUGUCCCUUUUGGGUUCGCGGUGGGUGCUGGAGCAAAAAAUCAGUUUAUAAAAAUCAGUGUAAAAAAAAUAUUUGUAUACAAUUUAGUGUAAACGCUCCAAACUGAUUUCAGGUCAAUUAAGACCGAAGCACCUCAUUGGCUGGUUUUAAGAGAGGAUCGAUCGCUUCAGGCUUAAUUGACCAGCGAAUUAUCCAGUGUUUUAAAACUCAACAGUCAGUGUUGAGUUUUAAAACACAUUUUUCUAGGCUGACUUAUUUUCAUUUUACACUAAAUUUCAAAACAAUGUAUUUUAACAAACUAAAUGUUUAUACGCUGAAUUAUUUUUUUUUAUACUGAAUUCAAAAACGCUAUAUUUUUUAUACACCCACAUUUUUUUCACAAUUUGUAUUUUUUUAUUAUUAAAUUGUUAGCAUAAUUUGAUAUAUAAAAAAAUAUAUGUUACAUAAAUACAUUGUCCCAAAAAAAUCUUUGGUAAAAAAGACACACUUUAACCUCCAUACAUACGCAACGUGAUAAAAUAAUAGUUCUUAAGACAACUUUGGUACUGUUGGAUCUCCAGAAGGUUCCUAGUCCAGCUGCAGCUAUUAGUCCAUUCGUUUGUUCAAUUCAUCCAGUAAUCGAAUAGUACAAUAGAGCACACUUUAUCAUCUCAAUGCGUAUUUUCGGGGAAAUAGUUGAAAUAAAGAUUUUUCUGCUUGCCAUAAUCUUUAUAUGUUUUUGAAACACAUCAUCUACAUUGAAAUUUCACUUUUAACAUGUUUGCGUGAGUAAAAACAACAAAGAAUCACUCUUGUGUGCGCUCCAUUGCAGCAGAAACUAUGUCUGUGUGUUUAAAGUUCCAGGGCACAUUUUUGAUACAUUUUUAUUACACUUAUUAAAUGAUGAGUUUACAAUAAGAUAGUGUGGAGGGGGCGUGGCCUGUGGGUCUGCAGUGGAACGGGGUGUGCCAGGACUGGCCUCGAAGACAGCAUCAGGUGCGUAGAUGGCCCGGGUGGGCCGUGAUAUCAAAUCAUCUGUCGCCUUAUUAGCAGCAGCCGUGAUGUGAAGAGUAGUUGAAGUUGGAGGUGCUGCUGAGAGACAGACGCAGAAAAGACACUUAGCUAAAAGCAAAAGACUUUGCACCAUUGGAUGAAAAUAAAACAGUGUCAUACCCAGAAUUCCAGGCUCUCCUGGCAGUGUGUGGUUGUCUGAAGAACCCACUAGAGGGCAACCUCUACAGAUAGAUACACUUAUUAAAUAAUUAAUUUACAAUCAAUGAAUCAUUGCCGCUCAAGUUUUAAGUAGAGUUUUUUCCCAGCAUGCACUAUGAUGCAGACUAGCAGUGCCGCUUCACCAAGUUAGCUCGCUACACCCCAUGUCAUUUUUUGAUGAUUUCUUCCUUUAUUUCAAUGAAUAUCUUCCAUUUCUUCUUCCUUGCUUCUGUCCAUCUCUCGCUAUAAGCUCAUGCUGGCGAAUAAGAGCGGAUGUUUACACUUUGAACAAUCGCUACGGCAACGAGGCUCCUAACGCCAACUUCAUUAAAGUAAUACUGGGGAGAAAAUAAUUAAUAGGAAUUUUCUUAUAAUAAUACAUAUUUGAAAAUUAGCAAAAAUGUGUAUUAAUAAGUUAAUUAUUAAAAUAUUAAUAGUUGUAUAUGAAUAAUAAUUUGUGCCAAUAUUGAAACAAUUAAGUCAUAACUUUAGGAUGUUUUAAGCCACUACAGUAAUGUCUGAGUAUUACAUGUAAAAAAUGUCCUUAGGAAAAUACAUUGUUAUAUUAGAAGAAUGAAGUAGUCAUUUUAGGAAGAAUUCAUGAGCGUGAAGAUAAAAUAUGUCCUUUUCAGCAAAUAUUUAAAAGAAAACUUUAUUUUUUGGUGGAAUUUUUGCCAUUAUCCACAAUUCUGAAGGGAGACGAGAAAACACGUAUUUUCCUUUUGUGUGCGUUCUAGACGGUAAAAAACUGCUAGUUAGAGGCAGCUCUACAUCUCUUUCAGGAAGUCUGAUUAGCAAACAGACUACGGAGGGAGCGUUUGAAAUAUCACGUUAUGUUACGUUACAUACGGUAUAUCCAUCCAUCCAUCCAUUUUCUACCGCUUAUUCCCUUUUAGGGUCGUGGGGGGCGCUGGCGCCUAUCUCAGCUACAAUCGGGCGGAAGGCGGGGUACCCCUGGACAAGUCGCCACCUCAUCGCAGGGCCAACACAGAUAGACAGACAACAUUCACACUUACAUUCACACACUAGGGCCAAUUUAGUGUUGCCAAUCAACCUAUCCCCAGGUGCAUGUCUGUGGAGGUGGGAGGAAGCCGGAGUACCCGGAGGGAACCCACGCAUUCACGGGGAGAACAUGCAAACUCCAAACAGAAAGAUCCCGAGCCUGAAUUUGAACCCAGGACUGCAGGACCUUCGUAUUGUGAGGCAGACGCACUAACCCCUCUGCCACCGUGAAGCCAAAUGAAUUAGUAAUUAGUAGUGAGGAAAGUCCACAACAUUCUUGUCAGAAGUGGGAUUCGAACCCACGCCAACAGAGUAUACUACGACCUGAACGUAGCGCCUUAGACCGCUCGGCCAUCCUGACAGCCCAUACGGUAUAUAUGUAUAUAAAAAACGGUAUAUACGUAUAUAAAACAGUUUUUUUUACAGGACUUUAGUGCUGCAUUGUUAGCCAUCUUGUGCUAGCAGUUUUUGACUAUUUAGAAUGCACAGAAAAAAGAAAGAAGUGAUUGGGAAAAAUUCUGAGAAAAGCACAGUUUUCCUUCAACGGUUUAAAACAUAAUAUUUGUCAGUUAUUUUUCUCCUUCGAGAAAUAAAAGCUUGUAAUAUUGAAACUAUUCUGCUUUGUUUUCAGUGUGGCCUUAAAGUUCCUUCUUAGAUUAGUCAGUAGUUUCACCUCACUCUCCUAGCAUAUUCAUAUUAGUAGUAAUUAUUUUAGGACACCUGGUUGUUGUUUGGCAUUAACCCUGUUGGCACUGCAUCCUCCAUCAGUGUGGCUCCAUCAGGGGGGAUCCAUCAGGGUGGAUCCAUCAGGGUGGCUCCCUCAGGGUGGAUCCAUCUGCGUGGAUCCACAAGGGUGGCUCCCUCAGGGUGGAUCCAUCAGCGUGGAUCCACCAGGGUGGAUCAAUCAGCGUGGAUCCACAAGGAUGGAUCAAUCAGGGUGGAUCCAUCAACGUAGAUCCAUCAGGGUAGAUCAGUCAAUCGUCCUCAUAACAGCUGCAUUUGACCAGUCAUUAUCAUCAUCAUCAUCAUCAUCAUCAUCAUCAUCAUCAUCAUCAUCACAACACCCUGAUCCCAUCCAGUCUGCAGGUGAAGAAGAGGAUGCAGAGGUCAUGUGACACAAACUUUCACUGUAGGACAUCUUUGAUCUUCUGCUUUUCUUUGUGGAAAUUAAAUUUGUAAAGAUGACAAA